UGUGCUCCGUGUGCUACAACUGCUUGUUUUUGCUUUGCUUUUAUUGCACUUUGAGUUAAUAAAUAUGGAAAAUGGAGGGGUCAAAAGAGGCAUUGUGAUAAAAGAUGAGUGGCCAGGAUACAGUCUGGACCUCUUCACCUACCCGGAGCACUACCAUGAAGAUAUCGAAAAUGUCUAUAUACCACACGGUGUCAUCAUGAACAGAAUUGAGCGUCUGGCCCACUACAUCAUGGAGGACUUCUGGGACAAUAACAUCAUGGUGCUGUGUGUGCUGAAGGGAGGGUACAAGUUCUGUGCAGACCUGGUUGAGUUCAUCAAGAUCCUGGGACGCAACUCCAAUAAGUACCUGGAGACACGCGUGGAGUUCAUACGCUACAAGAGCUACAUGAAUGACCAAUCAACAGAAGACCUGCACAUUAUUGGGAACACAGACCUGUCCUUUUUACGUGGAAAGUGUGUACUGGUUGUCGAGGCCAUGGUGGACACAGGGAAGACCAUGCAGGCCCUUCUCAAGCAUGUGCAGACCUUUGAACCCAAAAUGGUCAAAGUUGCCGGUCUUCUGGUGAAAAGAGUUCCUAACAUGGCUGAAAGUCUGACUGACUAUGUGGGCUUUGAAAUCCCUAACCACUUUGUCGUUGGAUAUGCGCUGGACUACAAUGAGUACUUCCGAGACCUGAAUCAUAUCUGUGUGAUCAGCAAGAGUGGGAAGAUGAAGUACAAGGUUUGAAGGAGAAUGAGAACCAUACGUUAGCUUGGUGAACGCACAAAUUUGCUACAGA